AGACAAAGCUGCAAUAAAAGUUCCAGUGCCUGUGAUUAUGUAUGUGAUGAGAGAACCUUACCUAACUACCAACAGUGCUCUUCAAGGACGUAUUGUAAAACAGGAUAUUGGGGAUCAUGGUGUGAAAAUAAAUGUUUAGAAGAAAGUUGCGAGAAAUGUGAUGCAUCAUCUGCCUUUGGGCUUUGCUCCAAAUGUAAGACUGGAUUCUGGGGACAUAAUUGUUCUAGUAGAUGCCCUAUUGACAAAUGUAUUGAAUGCCAUAUAGAUGACGGUCACUGUACACUGUGCAAGAAUGGAUUUUGGGGAAGGAAUUGCGAUUUACAAUGUCCUGAUCAGUGCCGAUGUUGUGAUGCUGUCUCUGGUAUUUGUAUGCAGGACAAGUGUUUAAACAUAAUCAACCAGCAGAAUGUAUCAGACAAUGACACAUUGACGAUUGUUGAUAUUGUCCUGAUUGUCUGUUCAAUUAUCGUAGCGGGUGUCUCGGUUAUCACAUUUAUUUUCUGUUUCUAUAUUCAGAGACGUCGCAUAAAGCAAAAGUCUAAACAACAGAAGAAGAAGAAUAACAAUAAUGCCAAAGGAUCGAAAGGAGAAGUGGACGGUAUGACAGAUACGAAAUUUUAAACAGAAUCAAUCGAACAACAACCGCCUUGUAACUUGGAACUAUUUUACACCUAUACAACGCAUAAGUAGCACAUGUUGUUUAAAACAGUAUGGUUAAACACUUUUGUUGAAAUAUGCAAAGAUCUGCAAACCUAUUAAUGCAAAUAUUAUGUAUAAGUGUAAAAAAUUCUUUUAGAAUUAGUUCUUUUUAAAAUGAUUUUGAUUAAUUUAUGAAGCUUAUAACGUUAUGCGGCAGAGGUCAGAAAAAUGCACUCAAAGCAUUGAAAAUAAUGUUUUAAAAUGAAGAACUUCUUGUUAAAUACGUAUCAUUUAAAGAUGUUUUUGCUAUUGAAAACCAGCCGUAAUAUUAAUUUAUUGUUACACCCAUUUUGUAAUUGAAAUAAGGAAGUCCUUCAGGAAUAUAAUUAUGAUAGCAUGAAGACGAUCAGGGGUGAAUCAAUUAUCUUUGAAUGGAUUUAUUUUAUUUUUUAUAAAUAACUCGUUGUAAAGAUAUCAUUUAUAUUUUCGCGUUCAUUUAUUGCAAAAAAAGAUUGUAAUCGUUUUUCGUUUUUAAUUCAUAAUAUCGAUUCAUAGUCAAAUAGCUAGCAUAAUUAAUGGCUUUUACGAAAGUUAACAUUCCUAAGCGAGACCCGACACAUAAUCAUUUAAGUAUUUUAUUUAAAUAUAGAAAUAAGUUAUUUGCAUAUACCUGUAUUAGGAAGCA